AUGCUAGCCCGCAACGACCUUCGCCUUCUCCUGGCACUCCCACCCGCCACUGCACUCCUCGUGCUCUCCAACCUCCUCGCCCAUGCGAACGCCCAUGCUCUCCCCCGACAGACCACGACCGUCCCCUACCGCGAGCUCGACGUCCUUCCCUACCCUCCCCUUCCAACCGCCGCUCCCCUCUCCCCCUUUGAGCGGUUGAAGCGACAAGAAGAGAAUACCAUCUGCGGAUACAUCAGCGGGGAUCCAGACUUGCCCGCCACCUGCUCGGCCGGUUCACACUGCGUCGUGGCUCAGGGCCUCGGCGUCAUCGGGUGCUGUCCGAACGGCGAUGGCCCAUGCACUGCCGGCAUCUUCACCGGCUGCGUCGACGCCAACAGCGGGCCGCAGACCGAGGUGAACCCUUACAUCUACUCAUGUACCGGGUCCGACGUGUGCUACCGUAACGUCUUCGCCGGCGGGAACUUCCAGUACGGCUGCGGCUCUGCAUCCAACAUCGGCGGCACCGUCGCCGCCACCGCUUCCGGCCGAUCGAUCGCUCUUCCCAUCCCCAGCGUCUCCGCACCCCUAACCGCGUCGCCGAGCUUCCUCUCCCGCGCCACCAUACUUGGCACCAUCUCACGGUCAGGCGACGACACAUCAACGACCCCGUCGGCCGAUCCGUCGACAGAAGCCCCCGACGCCUCGACUUCAGGCGGCGUGAACAAGACUGGUGCCAUCAUCGGCGGAUCCGUCAGCGGGGCCGCCGUGCUCCUUGGUGUGCUCGCUGUCGUCUUCUUCUGGAGGCGGAGGCGGCAGAAUAAGCGGGAGGGCCCAGGAUUGUCCAAGACGACGCAUUACAUCAGUAAUCCCAUGGGUGGUGGCCCAGAUUUCGCACCCGUCGCCCCUAGCCAAGAAGCCUAUGAUCAGGGCUAUGCGUCCCAUGGCCCCUACGAACACGCCCCGGAUUGUCCGCUGAGUAGGGGGUUAGAUGCGCCCUUCCACCAUGCCGCCGACUGCCCGCUGGCCAAAGCAGUGCCCGGUUCGACCUUGCGAUCAGCGUUCCCUGCACACCCCUUCACCUAUGGCCCGGGAGGGGAGAUUGUGCCUACGAGGGGUAGUGGAGGCAUACCAAUCAGGAACGACAGCAGCGGGAUGUUUGGCGUGUCCAGGACGGCUGACGACCAGGUGCCCCUAAACCACGACUACCAAGACUUCACACGGGGAUUCAGUGAUGGCCUCUCUAGGAUUGACGAGGAGGGCUCCCGUCCUACUACGGCCGCCCACGGUUCUAGUCGGAAUGGAUUUAUAUAGGUAGUAUAGUUGGGACAUGGACACUUUACUGUGAGAUACAACUGAGCCUACAUGUACACUAGGAAAACGAAUAUAUGAACAAAAAUGAUGGCCUC